GGAAGAACAGCAGAACAGCAGAACAACAACAACAAAAAAGGGUGUGAGAGAGAGAGUUUUUAUACAAUGACCAUCUCACAGGAUCACCUCUCGAAUGCUUCCACAAGUGAAGAGCAUGACCAUGUUCAUGCAGAGAUGACUUUUCGGUCUACUCUCCUCAAGUCACGCCAGGCAUCCAGUUCGUCUGCAUUGUCUACUCUUUCGGAUGCAUCCUCUUCACUUGACGAUAAGCCUGAAUGGUUCACUAAAGACACUUCGGUUCAGUUUCAAAAAACACAUACGGAGCAGGACCCUGCCGUAGGAUUCUUCUAUACGCCAAGAACUCUUACCAUCCUCGGAGCCAUGUUGCUCGGUCUUGUCUACGUGGCGAUGACUCCCGAUAUUGAUGAUACAAGUGCAAACGUGAAGCUUGGUGUGACAGCAGCAAUUGGAUCCUUUUGCGUCUUCGGUAUGCUUCAAUUCCGAGACAGUUUACUACUGAGACCCCAUCCUGCUCUCUGGCGAGUUGUCUUGGCUUUAGGUGUCGUGUAUCAGCUCUUUCUCGUCUUUCUACUUUUCCAGAACAAGCAUGAUGCGAGAAUGUUCUUCAAGUAUCUUGAUCCGUCUCUUGGUGUUCCAUUGCCCGAAAAAUCAUAUGGCGACGCCUGUGAAUUGACUUGGGACAACGUUGUGGGUCAAGUAUUUGAUGAGUUUGUCCUUGCUCAUGCUAUCGGAUGGUUCUGUAAGGCGUUGAUCAUACGUGACUACACUUUCUGUUGGAUUUUGUCAAUCAUGUUCGAAGUCAUGGAAUAUUCGCUCUCGCACCAGCUCAACAACUUUGACGAGUGCUGGUGGGACCAUUGGAUUCUGGAUGUUUUACUUUGCAACUGGUUGGGCAUGUACUUGGGUGUCAAGACCUGUGAGUACUUUGAGAUGAAGCAGUAUUCUUGGCAAGGAUGGUCAGAUAUCCCAACCAUCAAGGGAAAGAUGAAGCGCACGAUGCAGCAGUUCACACCAAAGUCCUGGACGAAGUUUGAAUGGAAUUCCACCAAGAACUUUAAGAGUUAUUGUACUGUUAUCUUUCUACUCACUAUGUUCUUAAUUUGCGAGUUGAACGCAUUCUACCUUAAGACGUUACUGUGGAUUCCUCCCGCACAUAUCAUCAAUGUGAUUCGAAUCUUUGCCUUCUUUAUGUUCGGGAUCCCUGGUGUGCGCGAGGCUUAUCAGUACUUCCACGAUGCCAAUUGCAAGCGCAUUGGGCCACAGGCUUGGUUGUUGAUCGCCAAUAUUGCAACCGAAGUGUUAAUCGUUUUCAAGUUUGGCCAAGGAGAGUUUCCUGAUCCUGCACCCAAGCCGGUUAUUUAUUUUUGGAUGGUGUUCCUGACACUACUCACUGUGUAUCCCAUCUACAAGUUCUAUUUGCUUCCCAAGUACAGGCCAAGUAGUAGCACUGCCAGUGGUGUAUCGAAGGCAAAGGCGCAGUGAAGCCUAAUUACUUUUUUUUUUCAGUAGUUUUUUUAUGUGUUUUAAUAAACCAGUC